AUGCCUGUUGAUCGUCCGAAUAUGCACAGUCCUCAAGUUGACAAGCCAUCGCCACCCCAGUGGGUACACGAUUACGAAGACAAACCGCUUGCAGGGCCCCGGCACGCGUCGACAGAGGGCGGAAAAGAGAAAAAGCAAUUAGGGAACUGGAAGAAUUCGAAUUCACACCCUGACCCAGAUGGGACGACGUCUUUGAUAGAAGCGGUCCUCCAAUCCAGUGCUCAUGAAACUAGAGCGGUACUGGAGAACGAGCGAGUGGAGGUGGACGAGAAGGAAGCCGACCCCAAUGCUCGAGAAGAUCAAAACCGCACCCCAUUCUUUUGGGCAGCUUCGCGCAGCCAACUUCCCUUGGAUUUCCGUUAUAAUAACAUGAUUGUAUCUCUCCUGCGAGCCCGGGCAGAUCCAAGUUUAACGGAUGACCAAGGGAACACCCCACUGGCUGUGGCUGCUGCUACAGGAAACCUAGAAUUCGUGAAGCAAAUACUAUCGAUGGCCUCUGAAACUGAGAUCGGCAUCGACAUUGACAUCGGACUUGAGAACAAAGAUGCAGACGGAUAUACAGCCUUGUCGCUGGCAGCAAAAAGCGGGCAUUGCGACAUAGUGAGGGAACUCGUCGAGUCAGGUGGUGCCAAUAUCAACACGUUGGGUAACGAGGAGACAUCUCCCCUGAUGUGUGCAGCAGCUGGAGGGUCGCCAGAGUGUUUGAUGUCACGGCAAAGAAACGAGCCGAAGCCACCUCAAUGCCAGAAGCCCAACCUGAAAGUUCUCACAUCUCGGCUGGGAACAUGUUCCUUUUGGAACAAAGUACUUCCUGACAGGCGCACUUUUCUCUCGUGGGCUGUGGAAUUUGGAGACGAAGAGAUUGUGAAACUACUUCUGGACUUGGAAGCGGACCCCGACAUUUGUGACACCACUGAACAACGGAUGACCCCCUUGAUAAAGGCAUUGAAGAUUGGCAACAUGGCCAUAAUCGACCUGCUCUAUAAGAAGGGCAAUCUUUUAGUACAUAUUUUGGCGCAAGAAGCUGGCAGUCCCAGCAUAGGCGAGCGGGAAGCUUUGGAGCUCGCACGCAAGCUGAGGAGAAAGUACGGUCUUGCAAAGAAAAAUCCCAAAGGGCAAAACCCCGUUCACAUCGCAUGCCAGAAUGGAAAUAACUCACUUGCUGUGGAGUUUCUCCAUCCGAGAUAUUGCGAUAAAUUCAUUCAUUGUCAGGAUAAUAGCGGCAAAACGCCCUUGCAGUAUGCAAUCGAGGCCAAAAACGAGGACCUUCCCAAGCUUCUGAUCGAACACGGAGUCAGCCUCGAUGAUGUGCCAACCGCGGGUCUGUUCGAACUCAGGCAACCAAACCCCCACUGCGUCCAGUUGACUCGAACUACUAGCACUGAUGUUGGGAGAAUGCGCCUUCUUCUAGUCAGUGACUACGAUGAAGCACGUGAGCCUUGGAACCCACAAUCUGGAGAGGUCCAAUUGCGCCUCUUCAAACGAGGUUCGCGAAUACCAGAGUUUCGCACCCCUGAGCUCAAAGAGGAUCUUGCUUUAAAUGGUGAUUAUUGUCGAUUCUUUCAGCCAAAGUCUCCAAGUCAGUCCGGUGAAACCCAAAUGUUCAAACUAUCUAUGUCUUUGCCCGAUUUAAAGGGGCCUUUGGGCUCAAAGGACUUUUCGAAGAAAGUUCCAUUGGAGAUAGCCUGGGUAAUCAGGGAAUUGGGGAACAAACUUGCAUAUGGAUACAUGAGUACCCUUUCAACCUCCGUCGUACCUAGGCAUCGUGUCGAACUUCUGAAAGGGUUGAUCUCCGAAAUUGACUGGGAAUGGAAAAAGAGGGUAUCGGAUCUGGAGAAUGAGAUCAAUGAUAUUAGAUUAAAACAAGUCGAACUACAAGGUAGAAGCUGGAUCGUCCUCGAGAACUUGCAGAGAAAGGCACAACGGCAAGCUACGCUGCAAAGUUGGCUCAAAGGCCAUAUUGCUGGACUCACACAUGUGGUAGAUAUCGAUCCAUAUCCAUAUGUUCAAGAAGAGAAAACUGGGAAUAUUAUGGGUAUGAGACAGCCUAACCAAACGAUAUCGCUUGAUGAAGAACUUCGGAAGAUGAAAGAGAAUACUGAAGCUCAGAAGCGCCCGCUUAAGGAAAUGAUCCAAAAGAUGGAUCAGGAAUUGGGUUCGGGACUUGCUCGCAUCGAGCAGAUUAUUCGCGAGUUACUACAGAUUGAAAUUGCAUGGACCUCCAUUCGCGAGGCAAAAAGCAUCAAACGACUCACCUGGAUUACUGAGGCCCAGGUUGAGCCACAUUUGGAGUUCUGGAUGAAGAGAUUGAUAAAUCCCAGGGAGACUCUCAAUUACACAACCCCUGAUGACGGCCAGAAGUACCUCAAAUCCGGCGAUGUUUGA